AUGCCGCAACUGGGAGCCACCUUCGUGCCCGGAGGCUUUGAUGACUAUUAUAUGCCCGAGGUCAUUGCCCCCUCCCCCCAGAGGGUAAUGCCCGAGGUGCCCCAGAACAUGCAAGAGGACCUCCAACGCAUGGAACUGGAAGCCCGCGAAAUCGAACGAAAGCCAGUCUACGGCACAACUUCCCCGACAACUACCCAACCCGGCCGACACGAACGAGAGCCGUCGCUGUCGACGGUUCUAUCGAGCAAAGCCGGCGCUGCCGCCGACGCGAACAUACAAGGAGGACAAGACUUUACGCCAUUCAAGGACAAGCAGUCCUCCUACCAGAACAUGGCCUCCGCAAACGAGGCGCCGACCUUUUCUCCGUUUCCCAAGGUCAAGGGGGACAAUGUACCACCUAGUGAUGAGGAGAAGGAAGAAAUACUGUAUAAUGCAAGACAGCAUGUGCUGCACUCCAACAAUGUGUCCAUGCAACUCUCAUGGGCACGGGAUGCGCUGAAUUUCGUAGAGAUUGCGGCGGAAGCACAUAUGCGAGACAACAAUGGUAUAAUGGUCCGGCCACAAACACCAAAGGUCGAACAUGAGCUUCGUGUUGAUGCUACCAACAUUGUCGAGUACCUUGCCAGGCAGAACCACCCGGAAGCGCUCUUUAUGCAGGCAAAGUGGCAAGAGUUCGGGAAGUUCGGCUACCGUCUAGACAAGAGAUCAGCGUAUGAUGGAUACAAGCGCGCGGCUGACCAAGGCUGGGGACGUGCAGAGUACAGAAUCGGUAUGCUAUACGAGAACUCGAAUGAGUUUGCCAAGGCCAUCAAGCACUAUCAAGGAGGUGAGAAGAUGAGAGACUCCGCGGCCCAAUAUCGCCUGGGCAUGAUGACUCUCCUGGGCCAGCACGGUCAACCGAAGGAUUUUCAACGAGGCCUGGAGCUGAUCAACAAGGCGGCCGACGCUGCAGACGAGGAUGCGCCUCAAGGAGCGUAUGUCUUUGGCAUGCUCAUCGCGCGAGACCUACCUGAUAUCAACAUUCCAGAAGGCAUGUUGCCUUACAACCUGAACACUGCCAGGCAGUAUAUCGAGAAGGCCGCAUAUCUGGGUUUCGCCAAAGCCCAACUAAAGAUGGGGCAAGCCUACGAACUAUGCCAGCUGGGUUGCGACUUCAACCCAGCCUACUCGCUUCAUUAUUACGGCCUAGCAGCUCGUCAAGGUCAGCCAGAAGCUGCGCUCGGCGUCAGCCGCUGGUUUCUCUUCGGCUAUGAGGGUGUUUUCAACAAGAAUGAGCAGUUGGCAUUCAAGUACGCGCAACAAGCUGCCGACGCAAAGCUCGGUACCGGCGAGUUUGCCAUGGGAUACUAUUAUGAGAUUGGUAUCCACGUUCAGAAGGACGAAGAAUAA